AGAAACGGAACUUUUCAUCAUUGACUUUUUUUUUGCAUUAAACAGAGUUUUCCUCGGUACCCAAAUUUGGCAAAUUUUAAAAACCGUAAACUGAUUGAAGAAAAGAUACGCCAAAUCAAAUCACUGACUAAAAUCAAACUCAAAUGCGAUUCCGAGUUAUAGGGUUUUAGUGAUACUUUGAUUCGAGAACUGGAACAAUGUCUACUAAUUUUUGAAAGCCCCACAUUGGCAAAAGCUGAGAGAAUUAACUAUUUUUUUCUUUUCAGGUACAAAGAAGAGCAUCGAGGUUGGGAUUGAAGAAACAUUUCACUUGUUUUUGUACAAAAAUGACAAUGAAACCAUCAAAUAACAUUUGGAUUCGACGUCAGCAGUGUCCAUGCGGAGAUUGGAAGUGUUAUGUUAAGUAUGAAGGAGAUGAUCAGACAUCGGUAAGCUCUCAGCUAAUAAAAAAUGAGACAACUUCAACAUCGUCAUCAUCAGAAGCUGUCUUUAUGCCAUAUGUUGGUCAAAUAUUCAAAACUGAUGAAGAUGCUUUUGAGUACUAUAGCAAUUUUGCACGGAAGAAUGGGUUUUCAAUACGGAAAGCACGGUCCACAGAAAGCCAGAAUUUAGGGAUCUACCGACGGGAUUUUGUCUGUUAUCGGUCGGGGUUUAAUCAACCAAGAAAAAAGGCCAAUGUGGAGCAUCCAAGAGAUCGGAAAUCAGUGCGAUGCGGAUGUGAUGCGAAAUUGUAUUUGACAAAAGAAAUCGUCAACGGUGUGACUCAAUGGUACAUUUCACAAUUUAGUAAUGUCCAUAACCAUGAAUUGUUGGAAGAUGACCAAGUACGUCUGCUUCCGGCAUAUAGGAAAAUUCAGGAAGCUGAUCAGGAAAGAAUUCUUUUACUCUCCAAAGCCGGGUUUCCUGUCAAUCGCAUUGUGAAGGUGUUGGAAUUAGAAAAGGGAGUUCAGCCCGGACAAUUGCCCUUUAUUGAGAAGGAUGUUCGGAAUUUUGUACGGACUUGUAAAAAGUCUGUUCAAGAAAAUGAUGCUCUACUUACUGAGAAAAGGGAAAAUGAUACAUUAGAAUUUCUCGAGGCCUGCAAGGCUAUGGCAGAGAGGGAUGCCGAUUUUGUUUACGAUUAUACAACAGAUGAAAAUAGUAAGGUCGAAAAUAUUUCAUGGUCAUAUGCAGAUUCAGUCCGUGCAUAUACUGUGUUUGGUGAUGUGGUUACCUUUGACACCACGUAUCGAUCUAUUACCUAUGGGUUGCUUCUCGGAGUAUGGUUUGGUAUAGAUAAUCAUGGAAAGCCAGUUUUUUUGGGAUGUGCUUUACUGCAAGAUGAAAGUUUGAAUUCUUUCGCUUGGGCUUUACAGGUUCGUGGACAUAAUUAUUUGUUCCCAAUCUGUAAUUGUCUUAUUGUCUAUUUAUGGCUUUCUUCUUUUGAACAGACUUUUCUUCGUUUCAUGAGAGGUAGAUGUCCGCAAACAGUCCUAACAGAUAUUGAUUCAAGCCUAAGAGACGCAAUUGCAAGGGAAUUGCCUGAUACAAAACAUGUUAUAUGUUCAUGGCAUGUUCAUUCGAAAUUAUCGAGUUGGUUCAUGCCGUUGCUUGGAUCACAGUAUGAAGAGUUCAAAGCCGAAUUCGAUAUGUUGUGUCACUUAGAGGGUAUAGAGGAGUUUGAACAUCAAUGGAAUCAUUUGGUUGCCCGUUUUGGACUUGCCUCUGAUAAGCACAUAGCUUUAUUAUUUUCAUAUCGAACAUCCUGGCCACUUUGUUACAUCCGAAGUUACUUUCUUGCUCGUUCAAUGACGGCUGAGUUUUAUCAGUCUUUGGAUGAAUUUUUUAAACGAAUCUUGAGUGGACAGACAUGUUUACAAUUAUUCUUUGAGCAGGUUUGGUUUGCUGCAGAUUUAAGAAACCGAAGUAAAGAAGCAUUGCAAUACAUGCAUACCAAGACGGGCUUACCAAUUGAAGAAAACGCAAGAAGUAUUCUUACACCUUAUGCAUUCAAUGCAUUACAACACGAGAUUGUGCAAUCAAUGCAGUAUGCAACAACGGAAUUGGCAAACGGAUCAUAUCUUGUACGACACUAUAAGAAAAUGGAAGGUGAAUAUCUUGUGAUUUGGAUAUCACAAGAUGAGCAGAUUCAUUGCUCGUGUAAGGAGUUUGAACAUUCCGGGAUAUUGUGCCGGCAUUGUCUUCGAGUACUUACAGUGAAAAACUAUUUUGAAAUCCCGGAGAAAUAUAUUCUGUUCCGGUGGAGAUUGGAGAGUUCAUUGGUUGCUCUGGAAGAUCAAAAUGGCCAAUGUAACAGUGAUGAGUAUGCUCAAGUCUUUCAUUCUCUAGCUGCAACUCUUUUGACUGAAUCGCUUUUUACAAAGGAACGAUUCAACCAUGUUCAUCGGGAACUUACAAGACUCCUCGAGCAUGUCCGGAACAUGCCAGUAUCUAACGAGUUUGCUUCGAAUAUGGCAGCUAACAACAUCAGUGAGUCAUAGGUUUGGUGGUACGAAAUCACAGCUAAUAGAUUGACUUGGAGUUUGCUGGCUUGUUGGAACAUUUCGGAGCUAUACAUGUGAUUUAUAAUACAUUCAGCUGUAAAGGUUGGAAUUCAAAAGAUAUUGGGGUAUGUGGAGGAUGAGAUACACAAGUGGUGAAUUCUUUUGAUAGAUACUAGACAUCAAAACACUGUGAAAACAACAUAGAGAUGGGAAUAUACUGACUUUUUCAUUCUCUUUUCACAGAUCAUUUUUUAGGUUUUAAGGUUGGUAUCAUAUAUUAAGUUUAAUAGUUUUCCCUUUUUUCUUUUACCUGGUAAGACGUCAUCGAAAACUUUAUCAACAUCACAUGUAAAUAUGCCAACUUUAUAUAAUUCAAUUUUGGGGGGCAUACAGAGGAAUUUGGAUGUGGCAUAUAUGUCUUGUAUCGGAAGGUUUUCGAAGGAUGAUGUGUAUGAUUAUUUAUGAAAAGUAUAAGAAUGUAGUUUAUCGUUUGGUAA